UAUUCUGAUGACGUUUCCCGAAUCAUAAACAGGAAAAAUGGCCCCCAGAGUCUGUAUCCUGUGUUGUCAGGCAGUGAAAUGGGCCCCUGUUGUCUUUAUAUCUGCCAUUGUUGGGUGGUCAUAUUAUGCUUACGUUGUACAAAUGGCUAUUUUAACUGCUGAUACAAUAGCAGAGAAAAUUAUUUUUUUAGUUCUUUAUCAUCCGAUCCUGUUCUUAUUUGUUUGGUCAUACUAUCAGACAAUAUUUGCAAAGAUUAGGUCACCACCUAAAGAGUUUUUUUUAAGCCAAACAGAGUGGCAACAUCUUGAAUCAGAGACCAAUGAAAAUAAUCAGAAGGACCAAUUGAAUCACUUUGCAAGGAAACUUCCUAUACAGAAUAGAACAAUAGCUGGGUUUCCCAGGUAUUGUGAAAAAUGUAAGUGUGUCAAACCUGAUAGGUGUCACCAUUGUUCAGUUUGUUCAGUAUGUGUUCUAAAAAUGGAUCAUCAUUGUCCAUGGGUGAAUAAUUGUGUUGGUUUCCACAACUACAAAUUCUUUGUUCUGUUUUUGGGAUAUGCUUUGCUGUACUGCUUCUAUGUAGCUUUGUCAUCCCUCAAAUAUUUUAUUAGUUUUUGGUCGGGAGGUGGAGCCUCUGGUGUUGGCAGAUUUCAUAUCCUGUUUCUGUUUUUUGUGGCUGUGAUGUUUGGGAUCAGCCUCAUUUCAUUGUUCGGCUACCAUAUAUUUCUUACUGUACACAAUAGAUCAACAUUAGAGUCAUUCCGAGCACCAAUAUUUCAAACUGGAGCUGAUAAAGAUGGCUUUAGCCUUGGAUCCAGAGCAAACUUCUCUGAGGUGUUUGGUGACAAAAAAUCUCAUUGGUUUUUACCAAUUUUUACCAGCCAUGGGGACGGUGUGUCCUAUGCAUCGCGUUUGCAACCCACAAUCACCUAUAACACCAUGGGAACAACUCCCAGACCAGAGCCAAACUUAGGUGAUGGAGUGACGUACCCAACUCGAACUGUGGACCUGGACUCUGACGGCCUUUUGGGACAGAGACAGCGAUGGAUGGAGGAGGGGGACAAUGUAUUGAUAAAGAAUUUAUCAAAUAUUUGUACUGGAGCUGAACUUGGUUUUUUAAUAGAAAAUUAAUCUCAUUAGUUAAGUAAAGAGGCAAGUUAUGAUAACAAAGGGAUUGAAUCUGCAUAACCCCCUUAAAGCACCAUUUAUGGACUUAUGAGCUGAAUGAACAAAAUAAUGCUGUUUUAUCCUUCUCUUUAAAAUUAAGGAAACAUCUUGGGUUAGCAUUGAUAAAAAUGACAAUCUCAAAAAUAACUAGAUGUUUCUAAUAUACUACUAGCUUUACUUUCCUGUUGAUAAGAUUUUCAGCCUUUUAGACAUGGGUAAACAAGGUUUUUUGAAAAUAUAUAUUUACUUUGUUCACUUGUGUGUAUUUUUAUUAUUAAGCCACUAUUAUUUAUAUUAUUGUGUAAAUGGAUUUUUAUUCAAUAUAUUGCCAAGGUAGCUAUAUUUUAUAACCUAUUAACACAAACAGUAAAAAAUUAUGAAUUAUUAUCUAUAAAACACAUUUUUCCAUUAUCAAAAAAUGAAGUUUUUAAAAUUGACUAAAAUUCAGAUUUAUAAGAAUAAAUUUUAUAAUAACUAUAGAUUAGUAAAACUUUUAUUUAGAAAUAGUGCUGCAUCCAGGUAUCAAGGAAUUUUUGUGCGUUGUAAAGCUAUUUACAUAUUCUUUUUAAGGAUAUGAAAUGCAGAAUAUGCUUUGUAUAGUCUUUUGCAAGAACCUAGUGUCUCAGAAUAUAGGAGAGUUGUUAAUCAGAUUUUCUGAAUCUCAAAACAGCUUCCAUUUAAAAACAAUCUUUUAUCCAUUCCAGUGAAUAGAAUAUUUCACUUUACCUGUAAUAUAUUUCUAAUCAACAGCUUUGUUUAUAUUACUUAGACUAAUUUCAUUUAUGUUUUAAGACAUCAGCAUGUAUUCAUCCUUGCUUGUAACCUCAGUUUGAAAUAUAAAUAAUCUUUGAGUUUGUUUAAAAAAAAACAACAGCAUAUUAAUUUAAAAUUCUCAUAUUCACAAGCAAUGGAGUACAACUUGAUGUCAGGUAGCAGGGACUGUUUUACACACUGAACAAAUAGUUCAUAAAAUAGAACCACCUCAUUGUUUGUAUUCAAGGGAUUAGGUUUAAAAGUGUAAGCAAAUAGAUGACGUUUUGUCCUUGAAAUACACUGGAAAAAAGUUAGCAAGAGACGUUUAGUGCUUCCAACUAACAGACACAAGUAUUGUUUUUUUUUUUUUAAUUCUCAUAAUUGAUUAAUUGUUACAAAAAUCUCUCUGUUGACCAACAGUGCUGUCUAAGUUGAAGCAAAGUCUUCAUUUAUUAAAAGAAAGAAUCUAGGUUUAUUAAAAAAUUUUCUUCAAGAAAUAUUUCUCAGCAGUUUUUGUGCUGUGCUGCAUAAUUUCAGUACAAAAAAAAUGUGUCUAAAUUUAAAGAAUAGAUACAUGAUGCAUGUUUACUAUCAUUUACCUACUUCAGUCUAAAUAGAAAUAGUAACAAUAGAAGAUAUUUUCUACUUUAGUAACUUAAUGUUUUUUUAGUAUUUUUGUUUUGUUUUGUCAGAAAAAAAGUGCAUUUUGUAUUUGGUGUUCCAAAGCAAUGAAAGAUUUGUUGAACUGAAAUUUUGUGAGGUUAACUACAAAGUAUUGAGCUAUCUGAAUGAAAGAAAUAAGGCUUGUAGUUGUCCUUUCUUGCUGUUUAAACUUAACAGUGAUGUAAAUAUUUUAUAAUGAUCCACUGUUGUUUUACUAUGAAAUUUGAUAUUGUUGUCAUUGUUCAUUACCUUACAUAAAUACCUAUAUAUAUAUAUAUAUAUAUAUAUUCAUGUACAUCCAAAUAAAUAUUAUUACUUGUACAAAAUGAUUUAGAUCAGAUGAAGAUGAAAACCUUGAAAAAACUGAAAACAUUUUGUCACAUAAAUUUUAAUUGUUGUGUAAAUAAUAUUUACCUAUUUUCACAAUUAUAUUACAUCUAUGUAUAAUUGUUUUAAAUAAUUUCAAAAAUAUGGAAUGCCAAAGCAUUCAACUGGGAAUUUGUUUACAAAAAUAUUGGUUUGAGUUACAACAGCUGAGGCUGAAUUUUUAAAAAGAGUUGGAAAUAGAAUAUAAGUUGAUUUAACUUCUAAUAAACUUUUAAAACUAUAUUUUUAUAAAAAUUAUGGGUUAAUAACACCAAUUUAUAGAAGCAGCACAUUUAUGUAUAUUAAAAUAUUAAUACUUAAACCCUAAAAAUAAUUUAAAAAGAAAAUGAAGAAAAAAAUAGCGCUCAAAGUUAAAUUUCAAUUGCUAUUCUGCUUUUAAAAAUCCACCUUUGUAAUUGUUGUUCUGAUAUUCUUAUUGUAAUCUCACAACUUUAUUCAUAAACUAUCCUACUAACAUUGUCUCAAUUUUGAACCUUUUUUCAUUAAGAGUUGUAUAGCAACAUCCUAAGUAUUUUGUUGGAGGCUGUGAAAACUUUUGUUUUUUUAGAAAAGGUUACCAAUGCUAAGUGUUAAUAUCUGUAUAAAUAUGAUUUCAUUGAUAUGUGCCUGUCUGGCUGCUUCAGAUCAUGUUAGGUUUGCGCAAUGUUAAGUUUGAGAAGAAAUAUUUUCUUCUUCGACGCUGCUGAGCUUGGUGUUGUAAUGUGUGUAUUCAGUUUUCUUUGUUUAUUCAUAUUUUUUUUUUAAAAUCCCACUAUCAUUCAAGAAAAGUUGCUCUAAAAAUAAUUCAGUACUACUACAAUAAUGAUUACUUACUUAAAUUUACAGUUAUAUUAAGGAUUUAGAACUAUGAUAACUGUAUUAAAGGUUUAACUUUAAAAAAAUUUUUGUAAAUAAGCUCCAGUUGGAAAUAACCAAGAGAAUUUGAUGAAAAAGUUUAGUUUUUAAUUUAUUUUUAAAUUCUUUUCUGAAUUUUAUUAAACUGUUAGGAUGCAUGUAGAAUUUCAAUACAAAUCACACUGUUAGAAAUUGCACUAUGCUGCUUUCAACAUUAUCAAACAGUAGUCUUCUCCUAGUGUUAAAGAUCAAUAAAUAUUUCCACAAUGCACAACUAUGAUUGUGGCAUUGAUUUUUUGAUACAAUUGACUUAAAUUUUAUGACUAAGCGAUUAAAAAUUGAUUUUUAUUCCU